AAAACGACAGCCAGACAACUCCGUCCGAAUAUAAUAAGUUAAAAUAACAACACAACGGAACUCGGGGCUUCUUUUCCGAGUUUUCCCUUCUCCCCCAACUCGGAAACAGAGGAACAAGCCAACAGAUUAUAAGGAAAGAGAGAGAGAGAAUCAGAGAAUCCCACCCACAGCUCAGCGACAGAGAGACGCAGGCAGGCGAGGCCACCCCCUGCCUUCUCUUCUCCGCCUGGCUCUCUCUCUCUCUCUCUCUCUCUCUGGCUGCUCAAUUCCUUUCACCGCCAUUCCUCUGUUUCCCUCAUUCUGAAUCUCUGUUCACUUCUACCCACAGAUCCAGCUGAUUUAUCCUCAAGUGUGAAGCUUUCGACACUGGUUGGAGGGGGUUUCCGCUUUUCCCCACUUUCCUGGUUAUUGUAUCCCUGCCUGUUUACGGCAGGCGUCGUCAUCAUCACAUCCGACCUUCGUGGACAAAGAAGAGCAUAUUUCUAGGGCUUUGACAGCAAAGUUCGGGACUUUUGACUUUUCAAGUUCCAGAAUUCUAGCUGGUCUCGGUUGUUAUAAUACUGAGACCCGAGCUGGAAAUUAAGCCCCGGAAAUUUUGGUGAGUUUUGAGAGGGAUUCAUAAUUGGCAUCUCUUGGUGGGGUUUUGGAAUGGCUGUUGCUGAAGGCAACACCUUCAACUUCUUCAACGCUGAGCCAUCCAAGCAACCCUGCAAUUGCUACAUUGUUUCAAACUUAUCUGAACCCAUUUUGGAGACGGAGCAGACCUCAAGCUUGACAGAAAAGUACGUUCUUGGGGAGCAAUUGGGCUGGGGACAAUUUGGUGUCAUUAGAGUCUGCACAGAGAAGUCUACAGGGGAGCUGUUCGCCUGCAAAUCAAUCGCCAAGGAUAGAUUGGUGACAUCAGAUGACACGAGAAGUGUCAAGCUUGAGAUCGAGAUAAUGACCAAGUUAUCUGGUCAUCCAAAUGUUGUUCAUCUCAAGGCAGUUUAUGAAGAUGAAGAUUACAUCCACUUGGUGAUGGAACUUUGUGUUGGUGGGGAGCUUUUUCAUCUGUUAGAGAAGCAUGGACGGUUCUGUGAGUCCGAAGCUAAAGUUCUUUUCCGAGAUCUAAUGCAAGUGGUAUUGCAUUGCCAUGAAAUUGGAGUUGUUCAUAGAGAUCUGAAACCAGAGAACAUCCUCUUGGCAACAAAUUCCUCUUCUUCACAGAUUAAACUGGCUGAUUUCGGUCUUGCAACAUAUGUCCAGCCUGCAGGUCAGAAUCUGAAAGGAACAGUUGGAAGCCCAUUUUACAUAGCUCCAGAGGUGCUCUCAGGAGGAUAUAAUCAGAGUGCUGAUAUAUGGAGUGCCGGGGUUAUCCUCUACAUUCUUCUCAGUGGGAUGCCCCCUUUCUGGGGCAAGACUAAGUCACAGAUUUUUCACGCUGUUAGGGCGGCAGAUCUUCGGUUCCCUUCUAAUCCUUGGGAUAGAGUUGCCAAAUCGGCGAGAGAAUUAGUUAAGGGGAUGUUGUGCGUGGAUCCCGUGCAGAGACUGACUGGUCAGCAGGUGUUAGGUGCGGUUAUAAUGGUCAUGUGUUUCUGCUGAAAUUUGAAUGUUUUGUGAGUCUUGAGCUGAGUAUUUGAUCACACAGUUCUUUAUUUUGGUAGAUCACCCGUGGAUGAAUGACCAAAGACCGAGCCUCGAAGAUACAUGUCAGCACGCGAAAGAAAGUUGUGGAGAGUUGAGUUUGGGUUGCACUUCAUUCUCGAGGAUGAUAACGAGGAAUCAGGACAUCAGCUUUGGCACAGGAUCACAUAUUAUAUGUGAGGAGGUUCAGUCACCGACUUCAAUGAGUAGGUCAUCGUUCUCUUCUAUGGUAGCACAACCAUCUACACCUUGCAUUCUAUCAGGUGGAUUUUCAUUUCGAAGCGAUGGUGAGUCUGCACCUUUGGAGUUUGCUUCACCUAUGUCCUCGAUGCCAAGCUUUGCAUUCUUCAGUCCCGACCCCACGAUCAAACACCAAGGAAGCAACAGUUGCAGAGGAGAUGCAGUGCUUGCACAGACCGAGUCUUCUUCUUUAUUUGAAGCUGGAGGAGCUUCAGAACAGCACAGGAUAUCGUCCGAGUUUAAGCGUGCAGGGGGGACAAUUGGGCCGAGGGUGCUGGGAAUGCACAGCAAGAGGUACCGGACUAUUGGUCUUGGGGAGCGUGAGCAGCUUGAUCUAAUGGUAACCGAAUCGGUGAUCCGCUGGGCAUCCUGCACGAAUCUUCCUACUGCAUCAUCUCUCAGGUCGUCCCUCGUGUGCUGAAAGCGAGUAGCUGCGCUGACGCCUGCUGACAGUACUAAAAACCCACAUAUGGAGUGCUCGCCUCCGCAAAAAAACUUAUGUAAGCAUCCGUGAGAAUUGUAGCAUCUAAUGUAUCAUCUUUCAUAGCGGGGAGUCUGAGAGAGUGUUAUGUGUCAUGCAUUUCUUGCCUGGGCGAGGUUAUGUUGCAGCCAUGAGAAGCCCUCCUAGUUCAGGGUGGUGUGCCAAAUAAUGUUUGUCCCAUGGAAGUUCAUGUUCAGUUGAGUUUAGGGUAAGGGUGAGUGGAGGUGUUUCAUGGUUUGGCCUUGUGUAUAGAUUCUGCAUCUUUUUGUUGGAAUGGAGUUGUGUGUUACUAUCAAGGCUAGAGGAGCAUCUUCUUUUGUGGAUUUCCAAACCUUUUCUUUCAAACGGCUAGUUGUGUGGUCCACUGACCCUUAAAUUGCUAUACCCUUUCUUCAAAGGGCAGGGAACAGCCAGGGUCAAAUGGAAUUGGGAUAUAGCCCAGGAGGUCGGGGGAAAUGGAGAUGUUGGGAGGAAUUGUUGUCUAUUUGCUUUGUGGGGCAAGGACUAAAGAAUGAAAGCUAGA